AUGAUCCACUACAAUCCCAACAAAUGGUCUUCUAUGUUCGGGUACCGUGGCAGCGUGCUGCCAGUGUCCAUCAGGAUAUCGCUUCCAUGGGCGCUCGUUGCGUUGCUGAUCAAGUAUCUGGAGCUUUGGGGCGUGAUUGACUUGAAGGUCCUUGAAUUUCUCAACACCGGAGAGAUUUACGGUGGUUUCACCUUCGUCCUGGGGUUUACCUUGGUCUUCCGGACAUCUCAGUCCUACACUCGCUACUGGGCGGCUGCAACGGCAGUUCAUGAGAUGGGUUCCGAGUGGUCGGAUUCCUGCGCUAGCCUGCUGGCAUUUUGCAGCUGCUCGAAAGCUCGUCCGGAGGAGAUUCAGCGGUACAUGCACCUGACGGUACGGCUCUUCAGCGUCCUACAUGCGAUGGCCAUGGAGGAAAUUGCAGAGCUGAAGCACGAGAACUUUCGCGUCAUCGACUGUUUAGGGCUGGACAGGGACAGUUUGGAGAGCAUUCACGGAAAUGACACUUCCGCCAAUGCCAACCGAAUAGGCCAUGCCAUUAAGACCACGACUGUGCUCUGCUGGCUGAAGAAGCACAUCGUUCAAUCCCAGGCUUUAGGCAUCAUCGCGGUACCUCCACCCAUACUGACCCGCGUCUUCCAUGAGCUCAGCAUGGGCUUGGUGGAAUACCACAAAGCACAACAAGUGGUCAUAUGGCCGUUUCCCUUUCCUUACGCGCAGCUGAACACAUUCCUGAUUUGGAUCUUCCUCUUCGUUUCUCCUCUGGUUAUUUGCACCUGGGACACCAGUCCCUGGAUUAUCGCCGGCUUCACUUUGUUGACGGGAUGCUCAAUGGUGGGCCUGGAUUGCAUUGCUGCUGAGAUUGAGGCUCCGUUUGGUCCUGAUCAGAAUGACCUCCCGUGUUUUGAAAUGAUGGAUGACUACAAUGCAUUGCUGCUGGCUCAGCUGGACCCCCUGUCCUGGCGCGUGCCGCACAUGACCGAGGAUGCGCUGGUGGAUUAUCGCUCACUGACGCAUCCGCAGAACGACAGUCGCACGUGCUGCGUAGAUGACUGCUUCAAGGAGAAGUCAGGGCGACCUCCUCUCGUGCCCAGCACAAAUGAGCUGGACUUGGUGCCGAAUCUGAACACGGAGGCUGCAAAGCCGCCCACGGCGCUUCGUCCUGCCGAACCUCCAAAGGAGCCGGCAGCUCCGAAACUCCCGUCGGACGCAGUCGAGGAGCUGCGGGAACUGCGGAGGCAACAGCAGGAGUUCUUCACGCAGCAGUCGCAACAGCAGCGGGAGUACCAGGAACGACACUGCCAGCUCUUGCAACACCUCAUUCAAGUCAGCAGCCAGCGCAGCAACGGCGGUUCUGGCCAGUGGUGUGCCGCACCGGCAAGGUCCGUUCCGAAGUGA